AUGAACAAUUUGUCUGAUAUAAGCGGUAUAGCAAUAAAGCAAAUGAAUGAUUUGAGUGAGGGAUCCUCACAAAACCAACUUUAGGCCCAGUCACAUUAAUUGAAUGGGAUUUCCCAUUGUUUAAACGAUCACUAGUCCUUCCAACAUAUUAGCAAAAAAGAUGUAGACAUUGAUUAGAGGCGGGGGUAAGGCGAAGCUUCCAUCUUUAAUCUAAGCAAUCAAGACAAGCAAAAUAUUGCAUCGGAUGCCACAGCACAAUCCAAGCCAUCUAGCAUCGUGAGUCGAGGGUCUUCAGAAGAUAACAAACAAGUUUAAGAGGGUUUUAAGUCAUAUAGAACUCCAACUAUUGAAAGAAGGUUUGAUGGAAAACUUUCAACAUUUGAGAACUCUGAAUUAUUUAGUGGCGCGAGGGAGAAUCAUUAUACUUCCAAUAAUUCAACUAAUGAAAAGAAAGUAAUACACAUGCAUUCCGAGGGAGAUAUGCUUCAAUACCACAAUAAUGACUUAAAUUAGCCACUUUCUGACUAAAAAAUGACAGAUAACUCAGAAUUAAAUCUUCAAGACAAUAAACUCGGAGCUGAUUUUGACCCGAAUCACUCUACUUAAAAGGAUUCUAGUCAAAGAAUGUAAAGGGAAAGAGAGAGAAGAUCUUGUAGAGAUAAGACUUCAAAAUAUUCCUUGACUCAUAAGGAAACCUCCGAAGACAACCCAGGGAAAUCAUAUUUGAGUCAUUCUCGCAGAGGCUAUCAAACAGGCGCUGAAAACUCUCAUGAUCAUAAUCCUAAUGAGGGAUAAGAUGAGUCCGGCCAGUAAAGAGACCUCAACAAGGACGGGAAGCCUCAUAAGAAAGGAGCCCCGAAGUCUGCUGAAUAAUGUCUCAACUCUAUACAGGACAUGCUUUCCUUCGAUUGGACGUUGAAAGAUAUUGCUAAUUUGCGCCAUUCUCCUCGUAACAUUACUUCCUUAACCUUCUUCUAGAGCAAGAAUUAACCAGUUCAAUUUAUUGAGGAAUAAAAAGAGGUACAGCAUAAUAAUAAUCAAUUGCCUCUCUAGCCGGAGGAACUUUAACAUCAAGAUUUGAUUCUUUAAAAUGAAUUGGAAUCGAUCUAGCCAUUGUAAUAAAAUCCUCAUAGCGGGGAUCCUGCUCCUAGUUUUAUUCAGACACUUUUUAGAGAGAAGCGUUUUAGCAAGUUUAAGAAGUAGUUUAAAGAACUACAUGAACGAGCUCUAUAGGAGUCAUUUAAGGAGCCAGCCAAUCAAAUAAUUUAUCAGGGAUUAGACUGCCAAGAGGUCAUCAAUAGUAUAGCUAAGGAGGGAUAAGCUGAUAUCUUAAUGGAAGACUCUGAAAUAUAGGAGAUAUAGAUAGAAAAUAAAGACGAUGAAAUAGCUCAGUAGACUGAAAAGAAAUUCAGAAUUAUAUUUGAGCUGCUGAAGCGUGAAUUAGAGAUUGUUGAGAAAUAAAAUAGAGAUUAACUAACAAAUGUAGGCUAAACACUAAUCGAUUCGUACGAUAGAGCCCUUAAGGCUCAUGAUGAGAAUUUGAGAGACACUUUUGUCUACAGACCAGAAGAUAUGGAUAACUAUGGUCUAGAAUUCGUUUCUAGAAUAGAACCAUUAUUUGUCCAGGAUUUCUAGGUAAAUAUGGAGUGGUACAGGGAAAAUUUCAAUGAGAUACUUUUGAAUGUCGGUCAUCCAUCAAAACUUGAAAAAGAUUUUUUGAAGCACAUUGAAUAUGUAUAACAGAAAAAGAGUGAUAUCAAGUAUAAGAAAAUUCUUAAGUAGCUUGAGUAGGGAAAAAGAAGUGAUUAAAUCUGCCUUGUGGAUGAUGACAAGUAUCUGAACCUUAACAACACUAAAAGAAAUCUAGUGGCUCAGGAGGAUGCAUAAUGUGCUAUUUGCAACAAUGGAGAUUAUGAGGAUGAAGAUAUGAUCGUGUUUUGUGGAAAUUGUAAUGUCCCUGUUCACCAGAGUUGCUAUGGCAUCGAGUAAUUACCGGAAGGAGAUUGGAUUUGCUAUAACUGUGAAAUCUUUGGCUUUAAAAGAGGACUAAUGGUAAACUGCAUGCUUUGCCCAAAGAAAGGUGGGGCUAUGAAGCCAACAAAUAUCUUCACUUCUUUUGAAAAUUUCAAAAAGUAUAACUCUGGAAAUAGUCACAGUAGCAAGAAAAGCUAAAAGAAAACUUAGCUAAUUCAUAGUAUGAGUGAAAAGCUGAGUCUUGUAGAUAACUUGGCAUUAGACAACAAUAGAAAGCUUUAGAUUGGAGAAAAUGAGGACAAAAAUCUUAGUUUGACUGUCAUACUUAAUAGAGAAUUCGAUUUUCAGUCUGAUUUAAGGCUAAGAUACGAAAAGAUGGAGAAACCUCUAGAUACUUUAGAACUUGUAUUUGACCCUAAUGAGAAAGAAACUUAGACCCCAGAAGACUACUCGUAUUUCUUGACAAAGAAUGAGUAAAAACUUGAAAAUCAUCCUCAUACCUUGACAUUAUACUAGUGGGUUCAUCUAAGUUGUGCAUCUUGGAUUCCAGGUCCUCUUGUAACGCCUAAAACCCCAGUGAGGUUGAACAGAUUCGAUGAAAAACGCUUCAAUCUGCAAUGUAUUAUUUGCUUAAAGAAGGACGGAGCAUGUAUGCAAUGCCAAGCUUCAAGAUGUAUCAUUAGCUUCCAUGUGGAAUGCGCUCGCAGAAAUAACUAUUGCAUGGAAAUAGAGAGGAAAGAUCGAGAUAAAACUUAUAGAAUGUUCUGUGAAAAACAUCGACCUCUUAAGAUAGUCAAGGAAAUGGAGGAGAGAGAUAAACAGACAAUAGAAGAGAUUCAGAAGUUUUGUAAAAUCAUAGACAAGUGUGUUGAAAUAGACUACAGGCACUAGUUAAAGCCCUCUAAGCAUCAUGAAAAAGAAAAGGAAAUCAUAAAGUAAAGUUGUAAGGGAGGAUAGAUUCAAAAGUCCACAAAAGAAAGAUCAAGAAAAGAAGGUCAUGGGGAGAGAAAAGAAAGAGAAAAACUCAAGAAAUGGAGAGAAAAGGAUAAGAAAAUGCUCUUUGAGAGAGUAAAAGAGAAGUAUUUACUGUUCAGAAAAAUGAGAAUCAAUGUUAUUAGAGUCGAUCCGCUUAAAAAGCUUCGCAAAUCAAGUAAAUCCUAGUAAAGAAAGAGAUCAAAGAAGAGGCAGAACAAAAAGCAAAGCCAUGUUGGUGGCUGCAGGGCUGGAUUGAGAUCUAAACACUCAAAUAUGGAGGAUGAAAGGCAGGAUCUGCUUCAAAUCUAGAGCUAAAUAGAAGAAAUGGAGGAGGAAAAGCAAGAUGAUGAUAUCUAAGAUUCAACAAUUCAUCAAGACAAUGUGGAUGGUAUUGAUAACACCAUAAAUCCAGAAGAUCAAGAUUUAUACUAUAAAUUAAGCAUUCCAACAUAUCCAACAGAGAUAGAUUGGACUAUCACAUUAUCAAGAAAUGACUUCCCUUGGGCAGAGAUCAAAUUCAGCAACUUCACAGCCAAGGAUUGCUACGAGAAGUACAGUUCUAUAGUAAAGGACGCUCAUGUCUUCUUGAAAAAAGUUCUUGGACUGAAGGAAAAAUACAAGAAGAUGAUGCAGAACUAAUUAGCAUUAGCUUUGCAAACAUAGAAUCUAGCACCAUAAGCUGCUGGUGCAGCUAAUGCUUAAGAAUCGUAGCUGUAUUGCAAAUGCAAAGGUACAGUUGUAAGUGAGUUAUUUGUAAAAUGUGAUGGAGAUGAUGAAUGUGUUAAUGGUGGCUGGGUUCAUCCAUAAUGUGCCGACCAGUUAAAAGAUAAAUCCAAAGAAGAAUUAGAUGCAAUAGAGGAAUGGUACUGCGAUGAUUGCCAGCAAAGAAUCUAGAAAGAAGAUGAAGACGAAUUAAACGAUCAAUAAGAAGUUGAUGAAGCAAAUGAUGAAGAUGAUGCCAAUGAGGAGGAAUCUCGAAGCAGAUAAGGGGAAGACUAAGAUAUGCAAGAUGAAACAAAUAACAAUAAUAAUGACUAAUAUCCUUAAAAUAUAGAGGAUUUUGAAUAAAAUCGCAAUGGAUUGAGGGAAUCUCAGCUUUAGAACUUCAGAGGAGGUGAUGAUGAUAAUGGUGGAGAUAGGAUGAGCAGUCGGAAGAGUAGCAGCCAGACUAGCCAUGUUUCAAGUUCAAGCUCUGAUGCCUUCUGA